AUGGACCCCAGCAUCUUCCCGGACCCGGACAAGUUCGAGCCGUCCUGGUUCGAGAGCCAGGCACCGCCCUACUCGUUCGUGGCGUUCGGCGGCGAGCAGAGGCUGUGCGCCGGGAUCGAGUUCGCCAGGGUGGAGACGCUGGUGACCAUGCACCACCUGCUGAGGUGCUUCAGGUGGAGGCUCUACUGCGAGGACAGGGACAACACAUUCGUCAGGGACCCCAUGCCGUCACCGCUGAACGGGCUACCCAUCGAGCUCGAGAGGAGAGACAAGGCUUCUGUAAAUCCAAGCAAGAGCACGUGCGGACUUUGA